ACUGAUCCAAUUUUAAAUGUUCUUAUGGGAUCUCAGAUGAUUUAGAAUGUAUAUUUACUUUUAUGUGAGCAUAGGUAUUGUAAGACCCAAUGUGGUUUCUUAGAAGAAAUAAAGUUACACACUAAGUCAUUUUUCAGAACUUACUCUGAUGGGUAUAAUGGGAUUUAACAGUGACAUGGAUAAUGGAUAAAUAGAAUCAGCACAUGGCUAUAUUUUGAACACGCUUUUAUUUACACAUCUCUCUCUGGGGUGCAAUGUAUCUGAAACAAAAUGGUGAACCCACAUUGUAAAGAAGAGGCUGAACAAGGAAAGCAAACUAGAUACAUCAUUUGGCCUCUUCCUCAUUCUUUCCUGGCCCCGGUUUGUUCCUGCUCUUCACUCUUAGAACCCCUGAAGUCUGAGAGCGAAGCUAAGCAGGAACUUAAAAGAAUCAACUAUAAACUUGGUUUCCUUUCUUUCUUGUGCUUAUGUUCAACCUCUCUCUUGGGUUGGGGAGGAAAUUAAACAAUUUUAUUUAAACCCCUUGUCUGAGUUCCAGGCUGUUUAGGAAAAGACAAAUAGGAAAUUAAGGAAUUAAGAGAUUAUUUUAUAGAUGACUCUGCUACACACUAUAAGCAAAAUAAACUACCACUGGUGACUUGAGAGUUACGUCCCAGGAGUGGAGAUGCCUUGCUUCUUUGUUCUAGGCAAUAAACUCCUUGUAAUAUUUUCUUCCAGCCAUAGAAGACGAGUUUGACUUUGCUCUAGGAAAGCAAACUCCAGCAUUUCUAAAGAAGUGUGUUUGCUACAUUAGGAAAAUUGCUAACAUUGAGCGUUUCGUGAAAAUCCCAGAGAUGGGAAAAUACAUGGAUAUAACAGGAGCAGAACCAAGGAUUAUUCGGGACCCAGAAGCCCAAGAGAAGCUGGUAAAACUCAGGGAUGAAUUUAUUCCUACCAUCGUUGCAUCAUCCAAUCUGAGAGUGUACACAUCUGUUACUCAUUGUGACAUGAAACUAGGCUACUCCCAAGAAAUAGAAAAUCAUUACAUAGAAGGACUCGGUAAACAAUUUUAUGAGGACAUGAUUGACAUAAUUCAGGCAACAGUGCAACAGAACUUUGACACGGAAACUGAUACACUCUACGAUGAAAUCCUUCAGCAUUCAUCAUUAUGUAAAACAUACGCCUCCUUCUAUGAGUACAAAUGUGAAUCUCUAAACAUAGUGCAUAAGUACAUUCUUCCAAGCAAGACCGGGCACAUCAACCCUCUUAUUAUAUAUGGUGGACCAUGCACGGGGAAGACCCUUCUGCUCGCCGAAGUAGCAAAGAAGGCUUAUGGCUGGCUACAUGAAGACACAGGACCAGAAUCGGACCCAGUCGUAGUCGUGCGAUUUCUAGGAACCACAGACAUGAGUACUGAUCUCAGGACUCUCCUCGUAAGUGUUUGUGAACAGUUGGCAGUUAACUACCGGUGCCUGGUUCAGAGCUACCCCAAGAAGAUCCAUGACCUCCGUGACUUAUUUAUCAACCUUCUGAAUGAGUCUUCGCUGCAGAGGCCUCUCGUGGUGAUAUUCGAUGCCCUGGAGCAACUGUCGGACAGCGACGAGGCCAGGAAGCUCUGGUGGCUCCCGGCUCACCUUCCCCGCUUCGUCCGGAUCGUCCUCUCCACGCUGCCCAACAAACACGGGAUCCUGCAGAAGCUACGGUGCCUUAUCCAUGCAGAAGACAACUACAUCGAGCUGGUUCCGCGGGACAGGAAGAUGUGCAGCCAGGUGCUCAAACACCAGCUGCUGCGGGUCAAGAGGAAGGUCACGUCAGGCCAGCAGAUUUACGUGAACAAUGCCUUCUCCAAGUGCACGCUGCCCAUGUUUGUGAACCUGACCUUCAGGGAGGUGAGACAUUGGCGAUCUCACAGAGACGUCGAUGAGUCCUCGCUCUCUGUCACCGUCCAUGAAAGCAUAGAGCAGCUCUUCUGGUCCUUGGAAAAGAAAUGUGGGCAGAAACUAGUCUGCCGGGCUCUUGGUUACAUCACCAUGGCCAAAAUGGGUUUGAGUGAAAUGGAGCUGGAGGAUGUGUUGGCCCUCGACAACACGGUCAUGAAUGAGCUCAGUGAGUGUGCCAGGCCCAGCAAUCCUCUGAGAGUACCCUAUCUGUAUAUCGCCAGGCUCAAGGAGGGGCUCAGCGGGUACUUAAUUGAGAGACACGUAAAGAACGUCACCCUCCUGGUCUGGGCCAACAGACACCUGCAGCUCAUAGCCCAGAAGCGGUAUCUGCAGGACGGUGGUGACCUGCGUGAAAUGCACACCAUCCUUGCAGACUACUUUCUGGGCGUCUGGUCAGGGGGCAGGAGAAAAGCUUUCUGCCUUGAAGACCCCUACUUGAAUGGCUGCCUUGACUUGGAGAGCAGAAGCCUGCUGGAGGAGGAGAAGCACUUCAUGGAGCAGGCUUCCUUCGACAGGCAGGCCCCUGACCAGCCCUGGGUUUUCCAGUGUAACCCGUUGGAGCCCGACAUCUUUUUCGUCAACCAUCGGAAAAUGUGUGAGCUCCUGUACCACCUGACGAGGUGCGGGAAGACAGAUGACUUGCUCUACGGCAUCAUCAUGAACUUCAGCUGGCUCUACACCAUGACCAAGAUCGGCCAGUUCGACAAAGUACUCUCCGACAUCGAGCUGGCUUACAACUACUCGCAGGAGAAGGAGCUGAAGUUUCUGGCAAGCACCCUCCGCAGCAUCAAAACGAAGGUCGUUGCGUUCCCCGGCUCCCUUUCCGCCGAGCUUCAGCAAAGACUGCUGCCUGUUGUAAGUUCCCUGCCUAAACUCAGACACCUUCUUUUAGAAUGUGACAAAGACGGCCCCAAAUAUUGCUCCAUCGUGCCAUUACAUUCAUCCAUGGACGUGACCUACAGCCCAGAGCGUCUUCCCUUGUCAUCUAGUCACCUGCAUGUCACCGAGAUUCUGCCCACCUCUAACCCCAGUACAGUCCUCACAGCUUUAGAAAAUGGUUCCAUCAGCACGUGGGACGUAGAAACACGUCAACUACUCAGGCAAAUCACGACAGCCCAGUCUGUCAUCCUGGGCAUGAAACUCACCAGUGACGAAAAGUAUCUUGUGGUGGCUACAACAAAUAACACCUUGUUGGUUUAUGAUAAUGUAAAUUCUUGCCUCCUGUCUGAAGUGGAAAUCAAAGGGACCAAACAUGGAAGUGGCUCCACCUACAUCAAUGGAUUUACACUGUCCGUCAAACACGCCCUCGCCUGGCUCGAAGCCAGCAAAGACGUCACUGUCAUCGACCUGCUCUACGGAUGGCCCCUUUACCAGUUCCACUGCUGGUAUGAAGUGACCUGUGUCCAGUGCUCGCUGGAUGGCGCCUAUGCCUUCUGUGGACAGUAUCUGAACACCACCACCAUAUUUCAUUUAGGGAGUGGAGAAAAGUUAUGUACGGUGACAUCUGAAUUUUCGGGUGGGUUUGUGAAGUUCCUUCUUAUCUUGGACACGGCUCAAGAAAUGGUAAUGGUAGACAGUGAGGGAAGCCUCUCUGUUUGGAACACUGAGGACAUCUCCAACCCUCAGCUGACUGAUGACUUUGACUGCCGAAGAGAAGAUAGUGAGGUGGUCAGCAUUGAACUUUCAGAGGACCAGAGUGCAGUUCUGAUCUGUAAAGCCCUCAGCAUUGAGCUCUUAGAUACUGGCAUGUGGAAGGUGGCCGAAAAGUUCAGAGCUAAGCACAACGAACGCUUUAUAUCAGCCGUGCUGUCCAAGAACGGGGACUGCAUCAUCGCGACCAUGGAAAAUACCUCAGCCGUGUUUUUUUGGAGGCGGGACACGGGACAAUGUAUGGCGAGCUUACAGGAGAUCUCAGGAACCAUAGUCAAGCUGGUGAAAUCGAGUCACCACAACAUGCUGCUCUCUUUGUCGACCAGUGGGGUUCUUUCUAUCUGGGACAUAGAUAUCAUCACAGCCAUGUCAAACAUAGAUAAGACUGGAAAACCCAUCCAAAGUCUGGUGUUGCCUGCUAGGGGGGAAAUCAUUUACUCCCUGGAUGGCUCUGAUUGUGUUCAUAAAUGGAACUUCAGCAGUGGGUUCCUUGAAGCAGUAUUUAAGCACGAAGGGAUAGUUGAACACUGUGUGUUGACGUCCUCAGGAGACGUAAUGGUGACAGCGGAUGACAAGAGCAGCCAGUACGUCUGGCACACCAGCAGUGGGGAAAACCUCUUCCGCAUUAAUGGGCAGAGGAUAUCUCAGCUGCUAAUCACACACAAUGACCAGUUCGUGGUCUCUCUCUGUGAGGAAAACGCCUCCAGGGUUUGGAGACUGGCCACGGGCCACAGGGUGUGCAACAUUCUGACCACUCUGCAGAACGCCUUUAUAACCUCUGCAAACACCUUCGUGGUGGGGAUGACCAAAAGCAAGGUGCUGGCAGUCAGCCUUUGGACAGGAAGCAUCACCAAGAAAUUUUGCUGUGAAGACGGCACCACCAUUGUGAAUUUUAAAUUGAUCCCCGACUGUCCAGACAUCAUCGUGUUUAUCACAUCGGCCGAGACGGUGAAUAUCUGGAGUCUGACAGAAGAAGUCAUCUGUCGCCGUGUGCAACUGCCAAACAACUUCCUGAAAAAUCUAGAGGAUUUUGAAAUCUCCCCGAAUGGAAAGCUAGGCAUUAUUUCCAGGGGAGACGAAAACAUCAACGUGCUAGACUUACACAGCGGUAAGUUACGGGUGGUUCACGCCUCUGGGGUCAUCUGGAGGCAGAGGCUGUCUCGAGACGGUCGCUACCUGGUAUACAUUUGUUUCCGAAACGGGGAGGAAGAGGAUGAAAACGGUGCGCUAUCCAGUUUGAUUGUCAUGAGACUGGCCGACGGCAAAAAUAUCGGUGCUUGCUCUCUUUACAAAACACCAACUUUUCUCGCCCUGUCCCAGAGGCACCUGAACAUCAUUGUAGGUUUUGACGACGGGAGCGUAGGGAUAUACACCGUGGUGGACCGCGUGGAUGCCGCGCUGAAAAUUAAAAUCGCCACUUCAAAUAGUAGGCAGAUCUUCAACAGCACGACGCAGGCAUCCAGGCCGAAGUGCCAUCGUUACUGUUUCAAAGUGUCUGUGGAUUGCCUGUGGAGAGAGUCUACUGAGGUCUUUGCAAGAGACAGUCCCAUCACAGUGAGUGACUCCACGGAGCCCAACGAGGCCACGCCCUCCAGGAAACACAACUCUUGCUACGACCGGGUGUGCUCCGCCCUGGAAUCCAGGGGCCCCGGCUAUGCCCCUGACAACUGACAAAUGUUUUUCCUGCUCACAUAUAUAAAGAAAGAAAAAUCUUCUGUAUCGCAGAUGAUAAACCAGUCAUUCUUAAAAAACAGGAAAGAUGCUAGAGGUCCAGUAUUAAUUAUUAGUGUGCUCAUGAAAUGUACAGAUGCGUGAAAUUGCGUUUAGGUUUUGUUGUUUUUUUUUUUUUUUUUGGUCAAAGCUUAUCCAGGAAUAAAGUCUUGACAGAGAAUUUCUAGAAAUCACAUUUACAUGGCUACGUCACCUGGAAGUUAGAGGGUAGUUUUGAAAUUAACUGUGCGGGAAGAAGCAUCUUAACUCAUCCCAUUAUGCAGAUGAGAGAGGAGCGAGCUACAUACGGACCAUUUGGACUGGAGCUAGCUCUACAGGAAAUGAUCGAAAUUGUGAAAUUGCUGCUUGACUUCAAAUGAUUGUGUGGAUCACUAAACACAGCCUUAAUCUCUCCUUACAUUUUACGAUCCUGACAACUGUGUAAAUCCAGUCUGCAGAGGGAAGGUCUAAAGGUGCAAAAUAACGUAACAAAAUGGCCCAGGUGUGCCCGCAGUUUCCCGAGAGAAAGGACGUGAAGGGCGAGGCCGCAGGCUGGACUGGGACAAGAGCUCCCUACCACUGUCACAGGGCUAUUGAACAUGCAGCCGUCUUCUUUCAGAUACAGUUGUGACAACUGCAUGCAAGGGUUUCUGUAUAACAGAACAUCCGGUUUUUAACCUAUUUCCUGGGCUGCAAAAGAACACUUUUAAUAAGAAACCACAAUCUUUUCAUGUCUUUUUGAAAUGCCCAUUUGUGCUGGGUGUAAAGAAGAGUUGCAGGAAAGGGCAUUACAGAUUCAGUCAAAACACCUGUUCAUUUCUGUCAUUGUACUAACAACAGUCUGUGCAAUAGAAAUCGGUUGUUCAGAAGCGUAAAUUAUUUCCUAGGCCCCUGCAGUAAAUCUUAGUAGAAGGAAAGCUUUCUUGACUUGCCAUCUAUGGAAUACGGAUGACAUCUGCCUUACUCUCAUUCCUCCUCUGUCCUGUGUAAAACGCAGAUAGAUGACCAAAUACUCUGGGACAAACUGAAUAUUCCUGUCUUUGUGCUAAAAUAUUCCACAGAUCUUAAGGGUGUCCAAAGGCUCUUAUUGUCCCUGUGUGAAAUUACUGUCUUACUUCUACUCACUCUAUGUGUACAUCCUUCUUGAUCUGUCUCCCUUUCUGCCUAAGGACUCUUCGGAGCCUUUCAUAGUCUUAUCUGUUUCAAAGCAGAAGCUGUGAAAUGGUAUUCGAUGUUUUUUAAAAGCUACUUUACCUAUUUAGAAGAAAAUAUUACAUCCCAAAAGGGGAACGUGAUUUUCUUCCUUCCAUAUUCUCCUCAUGGCAUGUCCCUGGAUAACUCUCCAAAGGGUGUCAGUAGUGAUGGUUUGGUUUGGUUUGGUUUGGUUUGAAAGGGCCAGUGGUGACUUGUGUAGGCAGAAUAAUGAACAAGGAACUGACUUGCUUUCAGUCCAGCUCCACCUUGAACUCAUCAACUAUCCGUAGGUAGAUCCUUAACCUCCCAAAUGUAUUGUUUUUGUAAACUGCAGAAUAAAGGUAGUGAUAGCUUCUGCUGUUGCCCUCAUAGGGAUGUUGGGGAGAAACAUGAGAAAAAAGGAGCAUGACAUCUUAAUUGUUAAUGCUAAUGGAAGAAACAAAGUGAUCUAACCUAUAGGGAAUCCAAGUCAACUGUAUUUCACUUUGGAAAGCAAUUUGACACAUAAGCAUACAGAGAUGUGAUUCAGAUAUAAACACCCCACUUGUUGGUGAAAGACUUUUUCAGUAUGUUCCUCCUGGCCUAGCUACCAGCCGGGGAGGUGGAAGCUCAGAGAAGGCUCAGCCCAUGUACAGAUCACCUGGAGUAGAUUGUAUGAAUCAGUGCUUUUUUUAGCUCUUCGAGGCAACACAUUCUUAUUCUUGUCCUUAUCAGUUGGACCUCUGUGCUACACAUUUCUCAGAUAAUAUGCCUAGGUGGAUUAAAUGUAGUGUGUGAAUGUUCUAUGUAACAGCCAAUAGAGUUUAACAAGUGACUUGAAUGAUUUUUUCCUAACUUGUUUGCAACUGAUAGCUCAUAUUGAAUGUUUUUAUGUAAACUUUGUAUUGUUGGGAAGAAUUGCCCAAUCAGAGAUUUAUAUUUUCAUAAAUGUUACAUUUAGUUAAAUUUUGUUACAGAGUUGUUACACUAGAAAAUUAUUGCAGUCUUCAAACAAUGUACAGUCUUGUGUAUGUAUUGUUUGUAUGAAUAAAAGAUAAAUGGCUUAGAUUUGCAUGGUGUUUGUUUUUCUCCUCCAACUUUGGCAGAUGUAGUUAAGAGAUCUUCAGUAAAAAUAACAAUAAUUAUUCCUGUACAUGAAGCAUUUUUUUGGAGCUUUGCGUGUAUUAAGCCACGCAAUCUUCACAGCAGCCAUAUGAGGUAGGUACUGUAUUCCAAAUGUACAGAUGAA